AUGCAUUCAAACAACAAUUAUCAAACUUCUACAAACACCAAUUCUAUUCGAAUUUGUAUUCGAUUGCUGUUUAUAAUUGCUCUCUUCUGUUUCUUUCAACUAACAACCGCACUCUCCGAGCCUAACAAUCACCAUCCUAAUCAUAAUCCUCAUCACACCGGCGGAAGAUCUGUGGACGAAAGGUUUUCCCUUCCUUCUCUAGCUGAUUCGAAUAUUUUCGAAAAACUCUUCAAAAAAUUGGAACAAGCAAUUGAAAAUGUUGUAAACAAUGUAACAACAAAUAUCAGAUUUCAAGUUUCACAAGCCAUUAUCGACGUACUCAACAAGAAUCAAAUCACUGCAGUGACAAAUAAUGCCAUGUCAGCAAUCUCUCAAAAUAUUUCAACACUUCUCAAUAAUAUUCCAUUCAAUCAAUUAUUCCAAAACUCAUUACAAUAUUCCCAACCAAUCAUUAAUCAAAUGGCCCAACAAUUCACUAAUCAACAAGUUAUUGAAACUGUCAAAUCAUCUCUCAAACAAAAUGACAUUGACUUUUCCACAAUUGUUUCAGAAAUUAUCAAUGCAACCAUUACAAAACUAUCUGAACCCCAAACCAAACAAGAAAUCAAUCAAAUUCUCAAAUAUUACGCAACACAUGCAACAGAUUCCAUCCCAACUUGGUUAUUAAUUUUUUUUGGUUCAGUUUUAGUUUCCAUUUUAAUGAUUCCUUCAUUGUUGAUGGCAAUUUUGUUGCAACAAGUUUUUCCAGUGAGGAAAAUGAAAUGGUAUCAAAGAAUUUUCAUUAAUAGAUUUGGAAAGGCCAAAGUUUCUCAGCAGCAAACUAUUAAUGAUGAGGAGGAAGAAAGGAGGCGGUUAGUUUACAAUGAGAAUAUUCAACAAUAA